AUGGCAGCAAAUAAAACCCCGGUCGCUUCUUCUUCUUCCUUUUCAGCCACGUCACCGAAUGCAACUGCUCGAGCAUUUGCGUUGCUUUCAUUCCAAUGGCAGAGUUGCAGAGCUGAGGCCCUCUCCGUCGCUGCACAUUUUCGUUUCAUAUUCUUCGCUUAUCUGCAAUAUCUAUCUCGAUUCCUCGCACUCUGUUCUGCAUUCAGGAAAACUUGUCAAUGUGAUUUCAGGGUCAUGAAUGCCGGAGAUAUUCCUUUUGAUGUUUUAUCCCGGUUGCCAACGAAGAGUCUUCUUGACAUGAGAUUCGUUUCUAAAGAGUGGCAUCAACUUAUUUCAGACCGAUUAUUUGUACAGGCUCAGUUACAGAAGACUGGAUUGACAUUAUCAGGUUUCAUCUUCCAGGAAAAAUACCAGAAAUGCCUUGACGAUAUAAAAACAUUCAGCUAUAUGCCAGUAAAUGCAGAAUCUAAGGUACAGAAAAUGGUCUUUGGUUUCCUGCCUGAGGAUGUUGUUAUUUUGGCAUCCUGUAAUGGCUUGGUUUGUUGUAGAAGUUGCUUCCCUAAACGAAACCCUACAACAAUCUACGUCUGCAAUCCUUUGUUUAAGAAAUGGGUGAGUUUUGAAGUGGCUCAGUUGGACAGGUUCAGCAACUUUGCUCUAGUAUUUGAUCCCAUACUGGACCCUGUAAACACUUCAACGAAUUUCAAAAUAGUUAGAAUUCAGCAGUUGGAGAAUGAGCAAGAGAAAAUGUACUACACAUUUGAAAUAUACUCUUCAGAAACAGGAACCUGGAAGAAAGCAAAUGAAAUUUGCCAUUCAAAUGGCAAUUUGCUCAAGAACAAAGGCAUUUAUGCUAAAGGGUUCUUACAUUGGCUUACUGAUACGGAUCAAAUCCUUGCAUUUGAUACAGAGAAAGAACUCUCUCUGUUGAUUUCAUCUCCAAUUCCUGGCCUGGAAUUUUUCAUCAACGUCCCUGGAACCUGCAUUGGAGAAUCUAAGGGCUUACUGCAUUUCAUCAUGAUCUGUGAAGAUGGAAUUAUUGUAUGGCGUCUGGACGACUAUUUUGAGACAAAAUGGACGCACAAACAUUCAAAACAGCUCCAAGUGAUUGAGGAAGAGAAUCCAAAGAUGUUUUUCAAGUUAUACAAGAACAUACAACAGAAACAGAUUGCAGGUAUGGAUCCAUGGAUGGAUCCCUUGGCAUUUAAAGAUGAGGUUUUAUUGAUGAGGGUGUAUUCAACCAUCUAUUUCUACCACAUCGAAACAGGUAAGGUGGUGGAAGUCUGUAACGUUAGCAGUUUGGGUCCAAACCCCUAUGUCGAUCCUUCAGCGAUUCCUUAUUCGUCGAGCUUGGUUCCAUUGAACAUUUCCCUCUCACAACCUGAUUCAAACAGCCACUUAAACCCUAGCGAGAACUAG